CGAUAUGCGUGAACACUCCAUUGUGGAUGACGUAUUCCGGUUUAACGGUUCGUGCUCAAAGCAAGUGCGCCCCAACGUUCAUCGCCCACCGAUCGCGGUAUUCCAGGUCACAUUACUAUCGCUCUUCUCAGCAUCUUAGAUAUGUACGUCUUUCAAAAGUUGUAGGUAAGUAGGUAUUUAUGUAACUGUAAUAUUGUUUUACGUGUCCGAAUUAUAUAUGCAUGUGUAUUAGUUUUAUUAAGCACGUUUUUUUUCACAAGCGGGAAUACAAACAAAGCCAGAUAGGAAUUAAUAAUUAAUAAACUAACUAAACGUAGUGAUUAACCCCCACCAAAUUCACUUGACAAAUAUUCACUCAGAUUAAUUAACUUCCCUUCAAUCUACUCUCAGCCUACCCCCUAUCAUACACAAUUGUUUCACCGGUUACUUCACUCCUACCCACCUCUCUACCUACCUUUAUGUACCAAUACUAGUACAUUAUAUCAUCCCACUAACACGUCAACGGCAAUGCAUAAAAUAUCCUGAAUCAUAUACAUUAUACAAUACACAAUACACGGGAAUAGUAUAGAAUGUCACCGUCGUAUGUGCUGUCACAGCCACCCUCGAGGUGAACAAUGUUACCACAGACAUGAUGUUACAUAGACGUAUAAUCAGACAAGUCCCACAUCUGCUCUCUCUAUCUUCCCUAAAUUGGUUACGGUACUCGGACGUCGUCACAUCCAUGGCCAGAAUUUAGAUGCUGAAAAUAGCCAAUAUCCAAUACGUUUACAACUUCAAACUUGCAUUAGUUACAAUAUCAUGCACAGAAGUUAGAAGUUCAUGCACAAAGAUUAUUACUAGACAUUUCAUUAUACAAUGUUGGUGAGGAUUUUACAAACGUAUUUACAAACGCCAGGACACGGCCACAGAAAUCAAUAACGCCUCUAACUGCAAGCGCUUUACUUAUUAUUGUAAUAUUCAAACAUUAUAGCUUACUCUCCAACCUCACUCUAAUGUCGACAGUCAGAUUAAAUUGAGAGAUUAUGUGAUGUGAUAUAAAGGACAUAUAUAAGUCAGUCUCGGUCACGAACCCUGUCUGAUAGUGUGUUCUCAAGCGUUUUGUGAAACGGAACACCUCAAAACGGAGGGCUCAUAACUAUGUAAACACACUUACGUGAGAUUCUGAUAUGACCUGCGUAUAAAGGACGACGCAGGCUAAGCGAGAAAGUCGUCCCAUCAUGUAUCCCUAGGACGGGAACAGGGUGCUAUUCUAUGCCCUUCUUUUUUCCAAACAAAUGUUUCAGUAAUGCAUGUGGUAAGUUUUCAUUGUCUUGGAAGUGACAGAUUUCUGAUGAGAUUCCCGCUUGCAUUUGUACUGUGAAAGGGCGUAUGGACGCGUAGAUAAGGAGAGGUCGACUACGGUACAUAAGAAUAGAUAUUUACAAAGCUGAUACCAAGUAGGGUGGGCAUAUUUGACCCUGACCUCGCGGGCCUGUAUAUGUUUAGUGGGUUGAUUGAGCUUUGACAUACCAGGCACAGCUGAAGGAAAUACCGGUCCCAUUUGUCGGAGCCAUAAGCGGACAUAGUCUAACAUUUCGUCUAACCACAUGUGAUGAAGUCACGAGCGAACAUCGAUGGAGGCUGGGCGUUGGUGGUCCUGGGGGCGGUGGUCUUCAACCUGACCGUAGUUGGGACAGUCACCGUCUGUCUGGGGAUGUUCCAGGACCAAUUUCUUCAGCAUUACGAUGGCAGCACGGCUUUUAUUAGCUUGGUGUGCUCCCUCUUCAUCAGCCUACAGUCAAUAUUAGGUCCCGUAGCGAGUGUCAUCUGCAACACCUUCAGCAUACGUACAUCUGUAAUGGUUGGAGGAAGUAUACUGUCUGUAGGACUUGUGGCAUCCAGCAUUACCGACACCCUACCGCAACUGCUUGCUUGUUUCGGAAUACUCUCAGGAACUGGAUUUGGUAUUGUCUACACCCCAACUGCCGUAGCUGUUGGCCAUUACUUCAAGGAGAAGAGAGUAUUUGCCAAUGGAAUCGCUUUAGCUUCAGCGGGUAUCGGUAUUCUGUCAGGCCCACAUUUGAUUGGCUGGCUGAUUGAUCAGUUUGGUUGGCGGAUUGCGAUGUCCACACUUGGAUGCAUCACAGCUCAGAUGGUGGUGAUGGGAUCUCUGAUAUUUCCCCUUGAAACGACGUCACGCACCAACGAAAAUAGAAUGUUCUGUUGCCUUAGGAAGAAAUACAGUACCGCACAAGCGGCGGAAGCAGAGGAUCUGUAUUUCGAACCUGCAGAGUCAUCUGAAAGGUCUUCCUGUCAAUGUUGCAGAAAACGUUGUGACGAAAGUGUCUUUGGUGACAAUAGCAAACAAGACAGCGCAUGUUCGGUUCUGAAGAAUAAACUCCUCUGGGUCUUCAGUCUCAACUAUUUCAUGGAAAUGAUGGGCUAUUCUAUUCAGAUUGUCCAUCUGCCAUCCUAUGCACGUUCGGUUGGAGUACCACAGACCAAAGUCCCGUCACUGUUCACAGCCUACGGCCUCACUCUCACUGUUGCUCGGUUUCUAGGCGGUGCUGCCUGUAAUGACAAAAGUAUUGACCUCCUAAUGGUAUACCUAUCGUGCCAAGGCCUUAAAGCUAUAACUGUGAUAUUAAUGCCUCUGUUUGCACAUGGAUUUGCUGAACUUCUCCUAUACCAAGUCUUAUAUGGUAUCUUCUUCGGAUUUAGUUACAUUUUAUUGACGCCUAUAAUUGUGGAGUUGUUCGGAGUAGCGAAAUUGGCAACAGUGUUUGGACUUACCUUGUGUGUUGGUGGUAUGAGUUACCUGAUUGGCCCAACCGUUGCUGGAGCACUGUUCGACAUGACAUCAUCCUAUUCUGCGGGAUUCCACAUUGGAGGCUCAGUGUCUUUUCUUGGCUCCAUGCUCUUGUUCCUUAUUCCCAUCUUGAGGAGAAACGCCAAAGUUCAUGGACAGUCAGAGAACAAGGAACAUUUGGUUGUUACGGAGAACAAGGCACCGCUACUUGUUUCCGAGAACAAGGACCAGCUGCUACUUCACGAGAACAAGAAACCACUAGAGAAGAAAGAAAUAGAGAGUCCAUGCUAAAAGUUUCUCCCAUGAGUCUUCAAGGAUCAAAUAGAUGGACGUCGAAAUUUCAUCUCGCCGAUAGUCUCAAACGAUACCCUUUUGAUGCCAAUUUGGUGGAUUUGCCAAACUUUCAGGACAGAUCUAUUACGCAUAUUUUUUUAUUUCAUUGUUGAUAAUGGAAACACAAAGAAUCACAUACACAAAGAAGGAUUCAAUAAUCACUGUACAAAACGAAUCAUAUGUACCCUUAUUGUAUGGGCGACCAAAUUAGGACAAUCACUUUUGAAACGCCGUCCAUCCAUGGUCAGUACCUAGCUCGGCCGGGACAUGUUUACCAUUUUCGCGAGCACAUGGUGUCAUCAGUGGUAUUUCAGUGAUCGAUUCAUAUAACAUUCAUCUUUAUUUUAAGCCCAGUGGAAACGUUGGCAGAUAAUAGAGACUGGUUGUUAUCUAGCGUUGACAGUUUAUAUCUACUUGACUGGGAUUCGAACACAUGAUCAUCGGAUGCAAUUCUCAGAGAAUACGGACCCCUCGGAUCACUGUGCUAUGCGAGCCCAUAUUAAUUACCAUGCUAGUUUUAAGCCAUCGAUGACAUUGAAUGGCGAUAUGUUUAUCUCUUAGUUUCUAUAUUCAUAGCCGACAAUGUUUUUCAUACUAUUUAUGCAUAUUGUAACUACAAAUCAAAGAGGUGUUAAACAAAA